AUGCGCCGUGUUUUCCACCAGAUUUUCGACGAGAACACGUGGCUGGAGCCGGAGACGAAGGCCGUGCUGCACAAGAGGCUCGACAACGUCAAGGAGCACUACGGCUUCAGCACCCAUGCGCUGGACAAGGCCAAGAUUGACGGCUUCUACGAGGCGCUGAUCCUGCCCGACAAGUGGGGCCUGAUGGAGAUGUGGCAAUUCGAGGAACGCGGCUCGUGGUUCGUUACCCGGCUGAAUUUGAUGGGCACCUUGGGGUACGAGCCGGCCAUGGAGUUCAAUGCGUUCAACUCCAAUGAUGUGAAAAUUACCAUCCCACUCGCCCUCAUCACCCAGCCGUUCUACAACCCGACCUGGCCGCUCGAGUUCAACUACGGUGGCGUCGGCGAAGUGAUCGGCCAUGAAUUUACGCACACUUUUGAUGAUCAAGAUGAUCUACCGGACGGGAAUGUGGGCAACGACACGGACGAGUAUCUGGAGAAGGAGAAGUGCUUUGUCGAUCAAUUCGGAGGUGUCAUCUACGGGAAUGAUCGUCUGAACAUCACCGUCAAGGCCGAUGGCAAUGUUCAGCACAAGGAGACGAUCGCGGACAAUAAUGGGCUCCGUGUGGCUUGGCGGGCGUACCUCGAAAAACGCAAACAUCUCUACGGCCGCAACCCGCCGAAACUUCCCGGACUCCAAGAAUUCACCAACGAGCAACUCUUCUUCUUGGCCCAUAGCCAGAUCGAAUGCGGACGCCAGCCACGCAUCUACCCAAAUCAGGAUCACGACUGGGUUGGCGAGUUCCACCCGGUUGGCGACGUUCGCAUCAAUGAGAAGCUGAAGAACUUCAACAGUUUCGCCACCACUUUCAAGUGCAAGUUGAACUCGAAGAUGAACCCGGAGAGGAAGUGCAGGGUGUGGCGCUACUACCAC